GAUCGACGUUCCUUCUUUCAAAGUCUGGCCGCCCGGCCGCCAUCUUGUUUCGCUAACAGGCGGCUGGGGAGGUGGCUGAGACUAAGGUGCAGAGUGCCCUCCCCCAUAUCAGCCCCUCUCAAGGACAUGUUUCCAGGCAGGCUUAAUUGGAUUAUGUGUUUCAGCUGAGAAUCUCAGCUGGGAGAGGGGCAGUGAACUCCUUCUCUGGAAGCUGCCAUGAAGACAGCCCUAUAAUGACUAAUCAGCAAAUUCCUAGGCUUCUGUGUCAUAUGAAGUGACACUUCCAAAAAUGAAAGAGGACAUUUCCUUAUGAUUACCUUUGGCAUAAAAGGGAAAUGUUAGCAGUUCUUUGAAGAUUGGGUAAGCUUUGAGAAACUGUUCACAUGACUGAGCAAUGGAUAGUCCAAAUAACAGUUGCGUGUCUUCUCAAGCGGGGCUUUUGCUUAGAAUGGGCCUCAAUGAUAACAAAGCUGGAAUGCAAGGAUUGGAUAAAGAAAAGAUCAACAGAGUCAUAAUGGAAGCUUCCAAGGGUUCUAAGUUUUAUGAACAUGAACUUAAGAAGGAUCAACAAGUUAACAAACGAAUUGAAAAAAUCCUGAAGCUAAAAAGUAAAAUUACAGACCAACAGAUUAUGAAAGCACAGUUGCAGAUCGAUAAAAUUGCAAUGGAGCUGGAGCAGACCCGUGACCUCAGCAGCGCUAUUGUACACAUUGACAUGGAUGCCUUUUAUGCAGCAGUAGAAAUGAAAGACAAUCCUGAAUUAAGGGACAAGCCUAUAGCAGUGGGAUCACUGCGCAUGCUGUCCACUUCAAAUUAUCAUGCUAGGAGGUUUGGAGUCCGUGCAGCUAUGCCUGGAUUCAUUGCUAAGAAACUCUGCCCACAUCUUACAAUAGUGCCAUUAAAUUUUAAGAAAUACCAAGAAGUAAGUAAAGAGGUUAGGGAAAUACUAGCUGAAUAUGAUCCUCACUUUAUGCCCGUGGGUCUUGAUGAAGCAUACUUGAACAUAACAGAGUACUUAGAAGAAAGAAAAAAUUGGCAGGAAGACAAAAGAAAAUAUUUCAGCGAAUCACACAGUUUUGCUGUAAAUGACAAACACAGUCCAGUUACUUGUGACAAACAAGCACACCCCUCUUCCCCAGGCUUGUCUGAUGAUGACCCAGUGCAUAAGCAGUCUGUGGAUCCUCCUGUGCUGCACCCAGAAGACCACCAGCAAUCAACAAGUCAAAUAAGUUCAGUUGGUUUGGGGAUAUCAGCAGAAGAAGUUGUGAAGGAAAUUCGUUGUAGGGUUGAAGAAAGAACUGGGCUGACGGCCAGCGCUGGUAUUGCUCCAAAUAUGAUGCUGGCAAAAAUGUGCAGUGAUCAGAAUAAACCUAAUGGUCAGUUCAGAAUCCCCCCAGAAAGGGAAGCUGUGAUGAACUUCAUCAAAGAUUUACCUAUUAGGAAGGUGCCUGGCAUAGGAAAAGUUACAGAGAAAAUGCUUAAAGCCCUGGGAAUUGUGACUUGCGCUAACCUAUACCAGCAGAGGGCACUAAUUUCACUCCUCUUUUCUGAAAUAUCUUGGCGCAGUUUUCUGGAAAUAUCACUUGGUUUGGGUUCCACACACUUGGAAAGGGAUGGGGAAAGAAAAAGUAUGAGCACUGAAAGGACAUUUAAUGAAAUAAGUGCUCCAGAACAGUACAGAUUGUGUCAAGAACUCUGCAGCGACCUUGCUGAGGAUUUGCAAAAGGAAGGACUUAAAGCUAGAACUGUUACUUUAAAAUUGAAGAAUGUAAACUUCGAAAUGAAAACAAGAGCUACUACAGUUCUGACUUCAGUUUCUACUGGAGAAGAAAUAUUUGCUGUUGCCAAAGAAUUACUGAAAACAGAAAUGGAAUCUGUGGCUCCACAGCCCUUACGUCUCCGAUUGAUGGGUGUACGAGUAUCGGGUUUUCUAAAUGAAGAAGAAAAGAAAUACCAACAAAGGAGCAUUGUUCAUUUCUUAGAUUCUGCUUCUAGGUGCCCUCCUGGGAAAUCUAGUGAGGACAUUUUUCCAAAAGCGCCGGAGAGAGAAAGUUUCUUCAACAAAAAGCGAGCUACAAGAAAGCAAGAUAAUCCAGAAACUUCUGUCAAUGAGUCUUCAACCAAACAGAACCCACAAGAUGGAAAGUCAGCAGCAGCCACUGGACAAGCAAAAGAUAAUGACCACCAGAUCUUCAUUUGUCCUGUUUGUUUCAAAGAGCAUCCAGAUAGCAGUUUAGAAGCAUUUAAUAGGCACAUUGACAGCUGCCUCAGUGAAACAGUUGAAAAAGAGAAUGCAGAAAUGACAAAAGACAGGGAGAACAAGACUGAUUUGUCUAUGGAAAACCAAAAGAAUAAAUGCCAGAGCAAUAAAACAAGUGAACUGUGUGUAGAAAUGCAGCCAACACAUACAGUCAACAAUUCUGUCAUAGAUGUUUUCCCUCCACUGGAAUGCAGUGAAUAUGGCAGUCAAAGUGGAUACAGAUGUCCUGAUGACAUUAUAUUUGAUAUGCCUGCAGAACAGGACAUUUCUUCUAAAUUAUUAUCAGUGGAAAAAGAACAUUCUGAGGAGUCCAAUUGUACAGAAACCGAAUUGCCAUGUUUUUCCACCACUGCCGACAGGAAAUCUUUAGUUUGUCCAGUCUGCAACGUAAAACAGAAUACGGAGGAUCUUGCCUUGUUUAACGAACAUGUGGAUGUUUGUUUAAAUAAAGGUAUUAUCAAGGAGUUGACAGAAAGUUCAAAAAGCAUGGGAAACUUCGACAGAGAACAAUGUGGUACAAAUUCCACAACAGGAACAAAACGAUCUGGAACAAUGGGUCCCCAGUCCAUCGCCAAAAAAGCCAAGUCAAACAAUUCAAAGUGUACUAUAGACACAUUUUUUAGAUGACUCUUAUUUUCUUAAGGAUAUUUUGGUUACUGCUAUAGCAUGAUAAUGUGGGCAGGGGGUGGGGAGUAUAUCACCCAGACUUUCCCAUUAUUUACACUAUGUAUAGUUGAAUUUGUAGUGCCAAAUCAAUAUUCUAGUUGCAAAUUACCCUAUAGUAAUUUGUCAUAUUUUGUGGGAUGGAAGUGAACUUAAUAUUUAUUUAUUUUUGUCUUCAGGCUGCUACGUUCACUAGGUGUUCUUAAAGGACUACCAAGUUUGAUUUUAAAUGUUCCUAACUCUUAACAUGUCAUUUUCACAGCUGUUGGACAGAAAAGAAAAAUGAAAGGAUUUGACUUGACUUUGUAAUUAAAAGAUCAUCCACUUCAUAAAUAAGAUGUGAUUACUUUGGACUUUUGUUUGUUGGUAGUCUGGGCUGAAAGCCAAGCUUUAAGACUCCGUCUACAUUUCAUGGCACUAUAAAAAUGAGAGGACAUGAUGGUCCUUUGUACACUUAGUACUUUGAAAAUAUUGCAUUCAAAAAAUGCUUUGUCUUUUUCAACUCCUUAAAAAAAAGAUUUAACUCCUAUUAUUUUACACAGGAGGCCUGCUCUCCAAUGGCCAGUUUCAUUUAUCUUAGGAAAUAAACAAAACCAACUAGAAUUCUUAAUGUUAAUUUUGUAGACUGAACACAAGGCAGCCAACAAUAACAACUUCUCAUUUGAAUUAGAAAACAAAACUUUAACGGUGGUCUUUAUACGCUUAAAGAGUUUGCCAGCAUCUAAGAACUUCCUUGGAACAGUCUGUAAAACAGACCUGAUAGACAGUGAUUGCACUCUUGAUGUUUUUAGUGCUCCAGCCCAAAAGCAUUCCUUGCUUUCCUUCAAGAAGAAUUAACUUCACUAUAAAGGAGAGAUGCACUUUUUACUUAAUACUGGUGUUGUCCAGUUUACUCCUAUACCAGUGUGAAAUAAUUAAAUGUACUUGUAUAGCUAACCUUCAAAUAAUGAGACUUACAAAGUUUAAGAAGCUAUUCUCAGUGCUUUUUAAAUGAAGGAAUUUUGCUGACCAUGUCUUAAAUAUAAAUGUGUUACUUUUUCACUUUCUAAACAUAAAUAAUGUAUAACUGUGUUUACAUAAAUUGUGUAUUGUAUUUUAACAUUUUAUGUGUAAUAUAUUCACAAUCUAAUAUAUUUUCCAAAGUAAUUUUAUUUAUAUUCUGUGUAAUAGAUGAAGAUUGGUCAGAGCCAUGUUAAUCCAUUAAAAAUUCCUAAAACAA